AGUCGCUCAACCAGGGCAAAAAUUCCCUGCUAGCGAUAGAAUGUUUUAGUGGACUGUCAUGGGCGAUUCGCAGUUCAACGCGGACACGUUAAUGUUCCUACCAAGCCUGGGUUUCUAUGCCGAUGUGUAGUGGAUAGCAGUUCAACGCUGGAUAUGACAACAAGGAUAUACAUCCAAAUUAUGUCGGUAUUUUAACACAAAGGAGUUUGACAGAACGCGGAAAUCUAGUUCAGCAUAUACCAUGUGCUAGCAAGCGAUCGUCAGUGGGCUUGUGUCAUGUGGCUUACUACAUAGGCCGAUAAGAGGAUUCGAGUCGAAGUAUGACGACCAAAAUUGUUUAUUUUGUGGUUGACGGACGAAAUGAACAAACAGAAUUCCGCGGGAACGAUGACACAGAAGAUAUGCGAGAAACUUUCCGAGCUGCAGCAGAAGCAGGUCCAAACGACAUCCUGAAGUUAUACAAUACGCGUGGAAACCUCAUCAACAUUUCACCGGCACUGGCGGAAAAUACGCCGGACACGCGGUACAAGCUGGAAGUAGUUGCGUCACACUGUACGGGUAAACAAACAACUUUAGUCUCUCACCUUGGUUUUGACAUGAACUCGUUAGAGCAAAGGUUACAGAGGCUAGAGAAGCGGGUGUUUGUGGACAACGGUGACAUCCCCUCCAUCGUCCACGACAUGAAGGAGAAGGUGGAAGACUUUAAGGAAAAACUAGAGGGUGUUGAACAUUUAAGCUGGCUAGGUCUGUUCAAGGAUAUCUCAAGUGGUACAUCAUUACAGCCAUUUUGGGACAAACAGAAAUCUCUCAAAAAGAGUGAGCAGCAUAACCGACGGGUUUUUGAAAAGUUUAUGAAAAUGAGUCAAGUCCAGAUGACAGAUGAAGUUCGUGACUAUUUACGGAAGCCUACAUUUGACAACUGGCAGUGGGACGACUCUGAAAUGCUCAUCCUUCUCCGCCAGAUGUACAUAGAUCUCGGCUUUGUCACAAAGUUCAAUAUCGAAAUGCCUGUGUUACAUCAGUGGUUGUAUGAGAUCUACAAGAACUACAAUCAAGUGCCUUUCCACAACUUCAAGCAUUGUUUCAUGGUUGCACAAAUGAUGUAUGGCCUUACAUGGCUCAUUGAUCUGCCGUCCAUGUUAGACGAUGUCGACAUACUCACUCUCAUCACAUCCGCCAUCUGUCACGACCUUGACCACCCGGGCUAUAACAACGCGUAUCAGAUAAAUGCUCGUACCGAGCUGGCACUUCGGUAUAAUGACAUCUCUCCACUAGAGAACCAUCACUGUGCAGAAGGAUUUAAAAUAUUGGAGAAGAAACAGUGUAACAUUCUACGUAAUCUUCCCCGAGAUGAGUACCGCAGGGUACGAGAGGGUAUGAUCAAGUGUAUUCUAGCAACAGACAUGGCAAAACACAAUGAGAUUCUACACUCGUUCAAAUCCAUUGUACCUGCGUUUGACUUUAAGGACAAAGAACAUAGAUCUGUGCUGUUGAUGAUAUUAAUAAAAGUGGCUGACAUUUCAAAUGAAGUUAGACCCAUGGAAGUUGCUGAACCAUGGUUGGAUUGUUUGUUACAAGAAUUUUUCAACCAGAGUGACCUUGAAAAGUUAGAGGGGUUACCUGUCGCACCCUUCAUGGAUCGUGACAAGGUCACGAAGCCAUCGUCUCAAGUUGGUUUCAUCAAGUUUGUUUUGCUGCCAUUGUUUGAAGCUCUUGGGAGUCUCUUUCCCAAAGUAGAGCCCGAAAUCAUCGAGCCUGUGCGGAAAGCGCUGGAAUACUACACAGAGAUGCAGAAGGCAUUGGAAGAAGAAAAGAAGAAGAAAGAGAGCACUCAUGGACUAACAAAACAAAAUGGCAUCACACCUGCUCAAGUCAGUAAAGGGAAGGUGCAAACAUAGUACCCAACUGAAUUAGGAUCAAACACAAGACCAUAAGCAGACGCAGAGGAAGGGAGGUAACUCCCAUUUCAACAUUUCAAUGGACAAACCUCUACACUUUAAGGUGCUGCAAAUAUUGGACCAAGUGUUGAAAUGGAAAUGAUUACAGGCUUUGAAGGAUUGUAAUGGGAGGAGCCUGACUGUUUUCAUUCAAGGUUUCUAACACUGACAGAUUGUGAUUUUAAUGAUCAAACUUUAAGAAAACAAUGUGCAAGUUGCAAUUCUCAGAGUUACGCCAUAUCAUGACUUCCAACGAAAAACAUGUUCUGAGGAUGAAAAUAGCUCUUUUGUGGAUUAAGUUAAAGUUCAAAAUGAGUUAUUUUUAACAAUUAUGUUGAAGGUCCUAUGACAGACCUAGGUAUAUACAUAUAUAUAUAUAUAUAUGUGUGGGUGUGUAAAUACAUAUAUAUAUAUGUUUUAGAGAUCCUCAGUCGAAGAUAUAGCUUGUUAUAAAUAUCAAAACUGGUGCAAACUGUUGAGUGUGAUUCAAGAUCAGUUUGAUGACAUCUCUGUGCUGAAGAUGGAAUUUUGAACGGAAAAUUCUUCUGGAGGAUUUUGACAGCUGACAUGUCCGCUUCUGUUGAAACGUGGAGUCAAUAUUGAGGAGAAAAUCAACAGGGUUAUGUUCUAAUCUGUGUUCACAUGUGACUCAAGCUGCCAUGUGUUGUUUGAUUCAGUGUUUCGCCACCUUCAAGUCACGUGUCAGCGUGUGAUAUUGACAAGUUUGUGAUAGAAGUUGUCAUGCGUGCAUGCUGUUUGGAAUCUGGUUCGUCGUUAAAGAUAAUUGCUUCAUUGAAGCAACGUUUCAGUGUUACCAUUUAACGUGGAUUCAGUGACUGUCAUUUUUAGGUUUUUCUCCAUAUUCAGGGAUUUUUGGUUACUUUGACAAAGAACUUUGUAUAUUUUAUCAUUUGGAGAGGUACCUCAUUGUCUGAUUCUGUUUUCCUUCAUGAUAAACUUCUAUGAUAUUAGUGUGGACAUAACGGUGGAAUUUAUCCUAACAAGUGCAUGUUGAACAAACCAAGACCAAGCUCCCCUUGAAGUAAUCAUUGUGAAUAUUUAACUUGUACAUGUUAAAUAGUACUGGAGGUAGUGGGGGUAGCAUAAUGGUUAAAGCGUUCGCUCAUCACGCCGAAGACCCGGGUUCAAUUCCCCUCAUGGGUACAAUGCGUGAAGCUGUUUUUCUGGUGUCCCCUGCUGUGAUAUUGCUGGAAGAUUGCUGAAGCUGCCAUAUAACCUCACUCACUCUCUUUUAAACAUAAAGCCCUUGGGCAGAUUCACUGCCAUACAAAUGAUUGGUUAUUAAAUAGGAUUUAAAUUUACUUUGUUAAAAUUACAAAAUGAUUAUUUCUCAUGAACAAAGAUACAGAGAAAGUGAGGCAAUAUUCUUGUUUUUUAGAUUAGCCUAUUUCUUUUUUUUCAAAUACAGUGGAAGCCCUCUAAACCAGCAGCCCUCCAAUCCAGCAUGCUCUCAAUAUCGGUCCCCGCAGAA